AUCAACAUGAUGUCUUCCAUUGACACGGGUACCUCUGUGUACCAACAAGCACAACUACUGACCUGGCUUUACACGUCGCUACAUGACACGCAACAGACCAAUACCUUGGACGCGUUCCGAACGGAAUCGGAGAGUUCUCCACGCGACCGGAACAACAAACAGCGGUCCGAGGCUGCUGUCGACCUGAGCACUGCGCUCAACUCCAACUAUCUCAUCAACUUCGUGCAACUUCAGAGGAAUGAGGCCUUAAACAACAACUUGUAUAAAAGCUCCUCGCUCAACAACAUCGUAGACGGCCUGAGUUCUCUGACAGACCACUUCUCUGACCUCUCCGUCUCCUCUGAGUCACGCAAAUCCAGCAAGCGACCUCCGCCCAACUACCUGUGCCAUCUCUGCUUCAACAAAGGACACUACAUCAAAGACUGUCCUCAGACAAGGAAAUUUGUGACCCCAAACUUUUGA